AACGACCAGGAGUAACCUACGUCAGCAUCAUAUCGCACCACCGCUACUGUCAAAGCGUCUGUUGUAGUCGUGUUAGCUCAUCAUGAUGUGAGUUUUUGUCAAAAGCGAUUGGAAAAACACGUCAGAUGGAUCCCAGAAGAAAUUGAACCUAUAUGAAUCAGUCGUUUGGAAUCAACUCUUCAGGAUUGCUGGUCGAUUUAUUUCCCACGUGUUAGCCUGCUGCCCGUGACGCCCCACCAUGGCCCAACCGGACCAGAAGCCCGCUGCCCUGCUCUCCCACUUCACGGUGGGCUCUGUGUCGGAGGAGAACUCUGAGGACGAGGUGCUUGGGAGGCAGGAGGAGAAGGAGCGCUCCCUGUCCCCUUCCUCCUCCGUCAGCUCCGACAGCACCUUCGAGAUGGGCUUCGACCACGUGGACGGGCCUUUGCACAACCUGAGUCUGUCACACAGGCCCAGCAUGUCGGGGCUGCACCUGGUGAAACAGGGGAGAGACCGCCGCCGCAUGGAGCUGCAGAGGGACUUCACCGUCGCCUCCCCAGCAGAGUUUGUCACACGCUUUGGGGGCAACAAGGUCAUCGAGAAGGUCCUCAUCGCCAACAACGGUAUUGCCGCGGUGAAGUGCAUGCGCUCCAUCCGCCGCUGGUCGUAUGAGAUGUUCCGCAAUGAGAGGGCCAUCCGCUUCGUCGUCAUGGUAACCCCUGAAGACUUAAAAGCCAAUGCAGAGUACAUAAAGAUGGCCGACCAUUAUGUCCCUGUUCCCGGAGGGACCAACAACAAUAAUUAUGCCAAUGUGGAGCUCAUUCUGGACAUCGCUAAACGCAUCCCUGUGCAGGCGGUGUGGGCUGGGUGGGGUCACGCGUCAGAGAACCCCAAACUCCCUGAACUGCUUCAUAAGAACGGCAUAGCCUUCAUGGGUCCUCCUAGCCAGGCCAUGUGGGCGCUGGGGGACAAGAUCGCCUCGUCCAUCGUGGCCCAGACAGCUGGGAUCCCCACCUUACCCUGGAGCGGGAGAGGUCUGACAGUGGAGUGGACAGAGAGUGAUCAGAAGAAGAGGGUGAUCAAUGUUCCCCCGGAGGUGUAUGACCUGGGCUGCAUCCAGGAUGUGGAGGCAGGAUUGAAGGCUGCAGAGGAGGUGGGCUACCCUGUGAUGGUGAAAGCUUCAGAAGGCGGCGGAGGGAAGGGCAUCCGCAAGGUCAACACAGCAGACGACUUCCCCAACCUCUUCAGACAGGUCCAGGCGGAGGUUCCGGGCUCGCCCAUCUUUGUGAUGCAGCUGGCCAAGCACGCCCGGCACCUGGAGGUCCAGAUCCUGGCCGACCAGUACGGCAACGCCAUCUCCCUGUUCGGCCGGGACUGCUCAGUGCAGCGACGCCACCAGAAGAUCAUUGAGGAAGCUCCUGCCACCAUCGCUAAUGGAGAUGUGUUUGAGGACAUGGAGAGGUGUGCUGUGAAGCUGGCUAAGAUGGUGGGCUAUGUGAGUGCGGGGACGGUGGAGUAUCUCUACAGCCCAGACAGCAGCUUCUACUUCCUGGAGCUGAACCCGCGCCUGCAGGUGGAACACCCCUGCACUGAGAUGGUGGCCGACGUCAACCUGCCCGCCGCACAGCUGCAGAUCGCCAUGGGGAUCCCCCUGAACCGGAUCAAGGACAUCCGGAUGCUGUACGGAGUGCAGCCCUGGGGAGACUGUCCCAUCGACUUUGAGGCUCUGUCCACCUCCCCCUCACCCCGGGGACAUGUCAUUGCCGCCCGCAUCACCAGCGAGAACCCAGACGAGGGUUUCAAGCCCAGUUCCGGCACUGUUCAGGAGCUGAACUUCCGCAGCAACAAGAACGUGUGGGGCUACUUCAGCGUGGCGGCGGCUGGGGGGCUGCACGAGUUUGCUGACUCCCAGUUUGGACACUGCUUCUCCUGGGGGGAGAACCGGGAGGAGGCCAUCUCGAACAUGGUGGUGGCUCUGAAAGAGCUGUCAAUUCGAGGAGAUUUCAGGACCACGGUGGAGUAUCUCAUCAAGCUGCUGGAGACAGAGAGCUUCCAACACAACAGCAUUGACACUGGCUGGCUGGACCGACUAAUCUCUGAGAAGAUGCAGGCGGAGCGUCCCGACACCAUGCUAGGCAUCGUCAGCGGGGCUCUCCAUGUUGCUGACUCCAAUCUCAGGAACAGCGUCUCCAACUUCCUUCAUUCUCUGGAAAGGGGCCAGGUCCUCCCAGCCCACACGCUGCUCAACACUGUAGAGGUGGAACUCAUCUACGAGGGCACCAAGUACAUCCUGAAGGUGACCCGCCAGUCCCCCAGCUCCUACGUGGUGAUCAUGAACCACUCCCUGGUCGAGGUGGACGUGCACAGGCUGAGUGAUGGAGGCGUGCUGCUGUCCUACGACGGCAGCAGCUACACCACCUACAUGAAGGAGGAGGUGGACAGGUAUCGUGUCACCAUAGGGAACAAGACGUGUGUGUUUGAGCGAGAGAACGACCCGUCUGUGUUGCGCUCGCCGUCGGCAGGAAAGCUGAUCCAGUACAGCGUGGAAGAUGGAGGCCAUGUGUUCUCUGGGCAGUGCUACGCUGAGAUAGAGGUGAUGAAGAUGGUGAUGACUUUAACAGCAGCAGAGUCGGGGUGUAUCCACUACGUGAAGCGUGCUGGGGCGGUGCUGGAGCCCGGCUGUGUGAUCGCUAAACUGCAGCUGGACGACCCCAGCAGAGUCCAGCAGGCGGAGCUCCACACAGGCCCCCUGCCCUGCAUCCAGGCUGUGGCUCUGAGAGGAGAGAAGCUGCACAGGGUGUUCCACAGCACUCUGGACCACCUGGUGCACAUCAUGAGUGGAUACUGUCUGCCUGAGCCCUUCUACAGCACCAAGCUGAAGGAGUGGGUGGAGCGUCUGAUGAAGACCCUGCGCGACCCCUCGCUGCCCCUGCUGGAGCUGCAGGACAUCAUGACCAGUGUGUCUGGACGGGUCCCCCCCGCUGUGGACAAGGCCAUCAGGAAGGAGAUGGCCCAGUAUGCCAGCAACAUCACAUCCGUGCUCUGCCAGUUCCCCAGCCAGCAGAUCGCUAACAUCCUGGACAGCCAUGCUGCCACCCUGAACAGGAAGUCAGAAAGGGAGGUGUUCUUCAUGAACACCCAGAGCAUCGUCCAGUUGGUGCAGAAGUACCGCAGUGGGAUCCGGGGCCAUAUGAAGGCAGUGGUGAUGGACCUUCUCAGACAGUACCUCAAAAUAGAGGUCCAGUUCCAGAAUGGACACUAUGACAAGUGUGUGUUCAUGCUGCGUGAGGAGAACAAGGGGGACAUGGCCACCGUGCUCAACUACAUCUUCUCCCACGCUCAGGUCACCAAGAAGAACCUGCUGGUCACCAUGCUCAUUGACCAGUUGUGCGGCAGGGAUCCCACCCUGACAGACGAGCUGAUGACCAUCUUGACUGAGCUCACCCAGCUCAGCAAGACCACCAACGCCAAGGUGGCCCUGCGGGCGCGCCAGGUGCUCAUCGCCUCCCACCUCCCCUCCUAUGAGCUGAGACACAACCAGGUGGAGUCCAUCUUUCUCUCAGCCAUCGACAUGUAUGGACACCAGUUCUGCAUCGAGAACCUGCAGAAACUCAUCCUGUCGGAGACGUCCAUCUUUGAUGUGCUGCCCAACUUCUUCUACCACAGCAACCAGGUGGUGAGGAUGGCCGCCUUGGAGGUGUACGUGCGGAGAGCCUACAUUGCCUACGAGCUGAACAGCGUCCAGCAUCGGCAGCUGAAAGACAACACCUGUAUUGUAGAAUUCCAAUUCAUGCUGCCCACCUCUCACCCCAACAGAGGGAACAUCCCCACUCUAAACAGGAGGCUGUGUGCUCCUGUGGCUGGCAGGAAGGCUGUGCUCAGCAAAGCACUGGCUGCUAGCGCUCUCACAGCUGAGGGGCGGAAGGGGGAGGAGGAGAGACCUCCAGCUGGCAGCUCUGAGGACAGAAUGUCUUUCUCGUCCAACCUGAACCACUAUGGGGUGGUGAGCGUAACGGAUGUGCUGCUGGACACCUCCUUCACCCCGCCCUGCCAGCGCAUGGGCGCCAUGGUGUCCUUCCGCUCCUUCCAGGAGUUCUGCAGGAACAUUAAAGAUGUUAUGAGCUGCUUCUCGGACUCUCCUCCCCCCAGCCCCACCUUCCCUGAGGGGGGCAGCCCAGUGCUGUACGGAGAGGAGGACAGCAAGAGCAUUCAGGACGAGCCCAUCCACAUCCUAAACGUUGCCAUCAAGACUGACAGUGACAUUGAUGAUGACGGACUAGCCUCCAUGUUCAGAGAGUUCACCCAGGCCAAGAAAUCCCUGCUGAUCGAACAUGGCAUCCGUAGACUGACCUUCCUUGUGGCGCAGAAGAGAGAGUUUCCUAAGUUCUUCACCUUCCGUGCCAGAGACAAGUUUGAGGAGGACAGGAUCUACCGUCACCUGGAGCCAGCUCUGGCCUUCCAGCUGGAGCUGAACCGCAUGAGGAAUUUUGCCCUGACCGCCAUCCCCUGUGCCAACCACAAGAUGCACCUGUACCUGGGUGCUGCCCGCGUCGAGGUGGGCACCGAGGUCACGGACUACCGCUUCUUUGUGAGGGCCAUCAUCCGCCACUCAGACCUGGUUACCAAGGAAGCCUCGUUUGAGUACCUCCACAACGAGGCUGAGCGGCUGCUGUUGGAGGCUAUGGAUGAGCUGGAGGUGGCGUUCAACAACACCACCGUCCGUACCGACUGCAACCACAUCUUCCUCAACUUUGUCCCCACCGUCAUCAUGGACCCCUCCAAGAUCGAGGAGUCGGUGCGCUCCAUGGUGAUGCGCUACGGCAGCCGCCUGUGGAAGCUGCGCGUGCUGCAGGCUGAACUGAAGAUCAACAUCCGUCUGACGCCCACGGGGAAGCAGAUCCCCAUCCGGCUGUUCCUCACCAACGAAUCUGGAUACUACCUGGACAUCAGCCUGUACAAGGAGGUCACUGACUCCCGCACCGGACAGGUGGGGCCCAAAGACCGUCAGAUCAUGUUCCAGGCGUAUGGGGACAAGCAGGGGCCCCUGCAUGGCAUGCUCAUCAACACCCCGUAUGUCACCAAGGACCUGCUGCAGUCCAAGCGCUUCCAGGCUCAGUCUCUGGGGACCACCUAUGUGUACGACUUCCCUGAGAUGGUCAGGCAGGCUCUGAAGAAACUGUGGCACUCGUGCCAGUCACAGGCCCACCUGCCCCCCUGCCCCCUGCCCUCAGAGCUGCUCAGCUUCACUGAGCUGGUGCUGGAUGCUCAGGGCCAGCUGGUGCAGAUGAACCGCCUACCUGGGGGCAAUGAGAUCGGCAUGGUAGCAUGGAGGAUGACCCUGCGGACUCCAGAGUACCCGUCCGGCCGUGAGGUGGUCGUCAUUAGCAACGACAUCACGCACAAGAUUGGCUCGUUCGGGCCCCAGGAGGACGCUCUGUUCCUGCAGGCCUCUGAGAUGUCCCGCGCCAGCGCCAUACCACGCGUCUACAUCGCUGCCAACAGCGGCGCCCGCAUCGGCCUGGCGGAGGAGAUCAGACACAUGUUCCAUGUGGCCUGGCAGGACCCAGCUGACCCCUACAAGGGCUUCAAGUACCUGUACCUGACCCCCCAGGACUACAAGAAGGUGUCGGCCCUCAACUCUGUCCACUGUGAGCAUGUGGAGGACGAAGGAGAGUCCAGGUACAAGAUCACUGACAUCAUUGGCAAGGAGGAGGGGCUGGGGGUGGAGAACCUGAAGGGUUCUGGGAUGAUUGCAGGAGAAUCCUCCCUGGCCUACGAUGAGGUCAUCACCAUGAACCUGGUAACCUGCAGAGCCAUAGGGAUCGGGGCCUACCUGGUGCGGCUGGGCCAGAGGACCAUUCAGGUGGACAACUCUCACAUCAUCCUCACCGGCGCUGGAGCGCUCAACAAGGUGCUGGGCAGGGAGGUGUACACCUCCAACAACCAGCUGGGUGGAGUGCAGAUCAUGCACAACAACGGUGUGACCCACAGCACGGUGUGCGAUGACUUCGAGGGUGUGUUCACUCUCCUGCAGUGGCUCUCCUACAUGCCCAAGUGUGCGUCAAGUCCGGUGCCCAUCCUCAAAGCCAAGGACCCCAUCGACCGGCUGGUUGAGUUCCUGCCAACCAAGGCUCCCUACGACCCUCGCUGGAUGCUGGCUGGCCGCCCCAGCCAGACUCCUAAGGGUUCCUGGCAGAGUGGCUUCUUUGACCAGGGCUCCUUCAUGGAGAUCAUGCAGCCCUGGGCUCAGAGUGUGGUGGUGGGCAGGGCCAGGCUGGGGGGAAUACCCACAGGAGUGGUUGCCGUGGAAACCAGAUCAGUGGAGCUGUCAAUCCCGGCCGACCCGGCCAACCUGGACUCAGAGGCCAAGAUCAUUCAGCAGGCGGGCCAGGUGUGGUUCCCAGACUCGGCCUUUAAGACUGCCCAGGCCAUCAGGGACCUGAACCGAGAGGGGCUGCCGCUCAUGGUGUUCGCCAACUGGAGGGGCUUCUCAGGGGGCAUGAAAGACAUGUACGACCAGGUUCUGAAGUUUGGGGCCUACAUUGUGGACGGUCUGAGGGAGUACCGGCAGCCGGUGCUGGUCUACAUCCCCCCCCAGGCUGAGCUCCGGGGGGGCUCCUGGGUGGUCAUAGACCCCACCAUCAACCCCCGGCACAUGGAGAUGUAUGCUGACAAGGACAGCCGAGGUGGGGUUCUGGAGCCAGAAGGAACAGUGGAGAUCAAGUUCAGGAAGAAGGAUCUGGUAAAGACCAUGAGGAGAGUGGAUCCUGUCUACACAGGCCUGGCAGAGAAGCUGGGAACCCCAGAGCUGAGCCAAGCUGAGAGGAAGGAGCUCGAGUCAAAGCUGAAGGAGCGAGAGGAGUUCCUGCUCCCUAUCUACCACCAGGUGGCGAUACAGUUCGCUGACCUCCACGACACGCCCGGCCGCAUGCAGGAGAAGGGCGUGAUCACUGACAUCCUGGAGUGGAGGACGUCACGGCAGUUCUUCUACUGGCGGCUGCGGCGCCUCCUCUUGGAGGACACGGUGAAGAGGAAGAUCCAGCAGGCCAACACAGAGCUGACCGACGGGCAGAUCCAGGCUAUGCUGCGCCGCUGGUUCGUGGAGGCUGAGGGGGCCGUGAAGGCGUACUUGUGGGACAGUAAUGAGGAGGUGGUGGAGUGGCUGGAGAGACAGCUGUGUGAGGACGAGGGCGCCAGGUCGGUAGUGGACGAGAACAUCAAGUACAUCCGGCGAGACCACAUCCUCAAACACAUACGCAGCCUGGUGCAAGCUAACCCAGAGGUUGCCAUGGACUCCAUCGUGCACAUGACCCAGCACAUCUCUCCCACGCAGAGGGCCGAGGUGGUGCGCAUCCUGUCCACUAUGGACGCCCCGGCCUCCUCCUAGAGGGGCCCAGGCCCCCCGCCCAGGCCCCUGCCACAAAACCAGGAACCCCCAACCACUCCUUCACUGGAACUGCUGGAAACGGGGUCUGGAGUGUCCACAUGUCCACCAGGGCUGAGCUGUUACUGAUGGGGCUGUUACUGAUGGGGCUGUUGGCAGUGAUUUAUAUAGG